UAUUUUUCGCAUAUCCUCUCUCAACUAAGGCUAGGGUUUCCUUACUUACACGCUCUCACUCAAUCGAUCAGAUUUUAAUUCAAUAAAGCUUAGAAGAGCAAGAUCCACGAGGCUGCAAGCACGACUGAAGCAUCACCGUUGAAUGGGAGUUCCGGCGUUUUAUCGGUGGUUAGCCGAGAAGUAUCCGCUUGUAGUGGUUGAUGCAAUUGAAGAAGAACCAGUAGUUAUCGAUGAUGUUAAAAUUCCAGUGGAUUCGAGUAAACCGAACCCUAACAACAUCGAAUACGAUAAUUUGUAUCUCGAUAUGAACGGGAUUAUUCACCCUUGCUUUCACCCCGAAGACAGACCUUCGCCGACUUCUUUCGAUGAGAUAUUCCAGUGUAUGUUUGAUUAUAUGGAUAGACUUUUUGUGAUGGUUAGACCUAGAAAGCUGUUGUAUAUGGCAAUCGAUGGUGUUGCUCCUCGAGCUAAAAUGAACCAACAAAGGUCUAGGCGUUUCAGAGCAGCCAAAGAUAGAGAAGAAGCUGCAGCUGAAGAAGAAAGGCUCAGACAGGAAUUUGAGAUGGAGGGCAGGAAGCUCCCUCCUAAGGAAUCAUCACAAGUGUUUGAUUCCAAUAUUAUUACACCUGGAACUGAAUUUAUGGCCGUUCUGUCAAUUGCACUGCAGUAUUAUGUUCACCUUAGAUUAAACUAUGACCCUGGAUGGAAAAAAGUUAAGGUUAUCCUUUCUGAUGCAAAUGUUCCUGGUGAAGGGGAACAUAAGGUUAUGUCUUACAUUCGACUUCAAAGAAAUCUUCCCGGUUUUGAUCCAAAUACACGCCAUUGCAUAUAUGGUUUGGAUGCGGAUCUGAUUAUGUUGGCAUUGGCUACACAUGAAGUUCAUUUUUCAAUUCUUAGAGAGGUUGUUUUCACACCUGGUCAACAAGACAAAUGCUUCUUAUGUGGUCAGAUGGGCCAUUUAGCGGCAGAUUGUGAAGGAAAGGUCAAGAGAAAGGCUGGAGAAUUUGAUGAGAAAGGUGAGGCUAUUGUAGCAAAAAAACCGUAUCAGUUUGUUAAUAUUUGGACUCUUAGAGAGUAUCUGGAAAUGGAAUUCAGAAUCCCAAAUCCUCCAUUCAAGAUCGAUCUUGAAUGCAUUGUGGAUGAUUUUAUUUUCAUAUGUUUCUUCGUUGGCAAUGAUUUUUUGCCACAUAUGCCAACUUUGGAGAUUCGUGAGGGUGCAAUCAACUUGCUUGUGGCAGUAUAUAAGAAGGAAUUUAAGGCAAUGGGUGGAUAUUUGACUGAUGGAAGCAAGCCUAAUUUGAGGAAUGUGGAGCAUUUUAUUCAAGCAGUGGGGUCCUAUGAAGAUCAAAUAUUCCAGAAAAGGACGCGCUUGCACCAGCGGCAGUCAGAUAGAAUCAAGCGAGAAAAGGCUCAGUCAAGAUCAAAAAGAGGAGAUGAUGCAGAGCCACAAGUACAACCAGAGUCUUUGGUUCCAGUUACUCGAUUUCAUGGUUCUCGUCUUGCCUCCGCUCCUACACCAUCACCAUUUCAGCAGGAGACUGUUGACCUCAAUGGUAGAAGUACAAAUAGUUUGGCAUCCAAUGGUAAAGAAUCUUUUGUUCAGGCCGGUAAACUUGCUCGUUCAUCUUCAUCAGCUAGUGUUGGUGCUGCCAUUGUUGAAGCAGAGAAUAGUUUGGAAAUAGAUUUCCAUGAAAACAAAGAAGAACUGAAAGCUAAGCUUAAGGAGAUACUUCGUGAGAAAUCUGAUGCUUUUAAUUCUGAAAAUCCAGAAUGUGACAAGAUUAAAUUGGGAGAGCCAGGAUGGAGGGAAAGGUAUUAUGAAGAGAAGUUUUCUGCAAAUUCUUCUGAGGAACUUGAAGUCAUACGAAAGGAUGUUGUUUUACGAUAUACUGAAGGGCUAUGUUGGGUAAUGCGCUAUUACUAUGAAGGAGUUUGUUCUUGGCAGUGGUUUUAUCCGUAUCAUUAUGCACCCUUUGCUUCUGAUCUCAAAGAUCUGGCUCAGAUGAACAUUAAUUUUGAACUGGGCACUCCAUUUAAACCAUUCAAUCAACUUAUGGGAGUUUUUCCUGGUGCAAGUUCCCAUGCUCUUCCUAUGAAAUAUAGAACUUUGAUGACUGAUCCAAAUUCACCAAUCAUUGAUUUUUACCCGACUGAUUUUGAAGUGGACAUGAAUGGAAAGCGUUAUGCGUGGCAGGGUAUUGCAAAGUUGCCCUUCAUUGAUGAAGAUCGCCUCCUUGCAGAGGUCAAAAAGGUUGAACAUACGCUAACGGAGGAGGAAUCAAGAAGAAACAGUGCAAUGUUCGAAAUGCUUUUUGUUUUAUCAUCUCACUCUCUUGCUGAGAGUAUAUAUUUACUUGAUAACUACUGUAAGCAGUUGACAGACGGAGAACGAACCGAAGUAAAGGAACGUAUUAAUCCUGAGUUAAGGGCUAAAUGCAGUGAUGGAAUGAAUGGCUAUAUAUCUCCAUGUUCUGGAGAUACUCACCCUCCCAUAUUCAGGUCUCCAGUUGGUGGCAUGGAAGAUAUUUUGGACAAUGGAGUCAUAUGUGCUAUAUACAGACUUCCUGACCCACAUAAACACAUUACUCGGCCUCCUACUGGUGUUAUAUUCCCUGAGAAGAUGGUAAAUGCAGGAGAUCUGAAGCCGGAACCUGUUUUGUGGCAUGAAGACACUGGGCGGAGACCUUGGGAAAAUGAUAGGAGAAACCCCCCUAGAAACAUCUCUGGUCGUCAGCUUGGUGAGGCAUCACAUCGGCUUGUCGCCAAUAGUUUACAGUUGAAGGCAGAUCGUAAUGGGUACGCUAAUCAUUCACAUUCUCCAUCACGGCAUGAUGCUGCAAGUCCUUAUGCCCCACAACAAGCUUCUUAUUCAAAUGGGUCGCAUGAUCCGGGACGACAUAGAACGAGACAAUCUAGAAUGGAUUAUUCUCAUGCAGGUCAACCUAGACCGUUUAAUCCUACUUAUUAUGACCAAGCUCAUGGUCAAUCCUAUGCUGCACCUGUUGCUAACCCCCAUUAUAGUGGGCCUCGGCCUCCAUUUGAAAGAGAGAACCGAUCGAAUGGACAACAUUCAAGACAAGUGUACCACCGACCAAAUUUUCAUCAAAAUGGACCGCGCCAUCUACAUGGUUCAGUAGCAGAGACCUCUGGGGCCUAUGGUUAUCAAAGUGAGUAUGAUGGCUACCAGAGCCAUCAACCACUUAGAGAUUCCGGUCAUCAACAAUGGGGGAGUAGAUUCCCUCCGCCUGCUGAUCAGAACCUUCCUAGAGGGUAUAAUCACAAUCAACAAAGAGGUAACAGAUAUUCCGUGAUAGACGCAAGGGGGAAUAGGGGGCCGCCACUACCGGAUACGAGUGGGAUAGAUAGGAGGCCUCCCCAGCAGCAUCCACAUGGUGGGGUAAAUAGGAGGCCUCAGUAUCAACCGCGUGGUGGACUACAUAGUCGAUCGCAGCAGGCAUCACCCGGUGGCUCAAGUAGGUUUUACCAAGAACCGCCGCCGCCUGGGUAUAGCCGCUGAUAGAAUUACCUAUAACAGCAAAUACCUUGACUUCUAUACACUAGUUGUUUUAGCUCUUUAGCCAACUCCAAUAUCAUUGCAUUUGAUAGGUUUUAAGGUUUUUCAUUUGUAUUUUUCCUAAUGUGUUGUUUUUGUUGCAAAUUGCACUAGCUAAUUUUUAAAAUAAGCAGUGCCAAAUUUAUUUUUCGUACAAUUGGACAUCUUUGUCAUUGUAUGUGAUGCAGUUAUAUUGUUUUCAUUA